GAAAAGCAAAAAGAAAAACUAUUUACGUGAAAUCCUAGUUAGAAAUCUAUUACAUAAUUAUUUGCAGUUAAUUUGUAUCACAUCAAAACUCUACUCCAUCUCGAACAACAACUCUGCAUGCAUCUCUAUAUAUAACUCAUCGAGAACUCCAAUUUCUCUGUACAAAAUUCGUAAAGCUAAUUUCUCCGACGAGCUAAUUAAUUAGAGUUACAAAUUAAACAAGCAAAAGGGAUCAUGGAUUCUGUUAAACUAGCAGCCGAUGAUGAAACCACCAGAAUGGAAACAAGAGAUGCACCACCCACACAUUUUUUGAUCAAAAUCGAAUCGUUCUCUUUGCUUGAAAGCAAUAUCGAAUUCGACAAAUACGUGACGAAGGAAUUUAAGGCCGGAAAAUACAAGUGGAGACUAAUAAUCUACCCUAACGGAGAAGAUAAUGGAGGAGAUAACGACCAUGUUUCGGUGAAUUUAGCUAUGGUGGCCACAAGUUCGAUGCCUGCAAACUGGGAGAUCAAUGUCAUGUUCAAUAUCUUCAUCUUGAAUCAUAAUUCGGGCAAUUAUCUUUGUUCGGGUAUAAUUUUUUCUUCAUGCAUGUGUAUUAUAUUCCAUACAAUUCAUUACAGUUUUCAUCUCUCAAGUUUGCACCAAUUACAUAUUUGAUUC